AUGGCUGCCUCUAGCCUUGUUAACAAAACUGAGGGUGGAACAGAAAACCGGGAAGAGGAGGAAAAGAGAGCCGAGGAAGCGGAGGCAGCGGUGGGGAUGCCCACGGGAGAGGAGGCUGGGGGUGCUUCUGGGCCCCUGCAGCCUCCCAGGAAGAAAAUGCAUAGGGAAUGCUCACUGGAGGUCAGGCUGGAGUUGCACCCCUUGCAGGACAGGUGGGCUCUGUGGUUCUUCAAGAGUGACCAGAGCCGGGCCUGGAAGGACAAUUUGCACCUGGUCACCAAGGUUAACACUGUGGAAGACUUCUGGGCGAUGUACAGACAUAUCCAGCUAGCCAGUAAGCUCUCUUCCGGAUGUGAUUAUGCCUUAUUCAAGGACGGCAUCGAGCCCAUGUGGGAAGACAGCAGGAACAAGCGGGGUGGCCGCUGGCUGGUCAGUCUUGCCAAGCAGCAGCGCCACAGCGAGCUGGACCAUCUGUGGCUGGAGACACUGCUGUGUCUGAUUGGCGAGAGUUUUGAGGAACACAGCAGGGAGGUGUGUGGGGCUGUUAUCAACAUCCGCACGAAAGGGGACAAGAUUGCCCUGUGGACAAGCGAGGCAGAGAACCAGGCUGGAGUGCUAUAUAUUGGGCGUGUAUACAAAAAGCGCUUGGGCCUUUCCAUGAAGACCAUCAUUGGGUACCAGGCCCAUGCAGACAGUGCCACCAAGAGUAACUCCUUAGCCAAGAACAAGUUUGUGGUGUGA